UUAUAAUUUUGAUUAACACAGUUAUUUCGGAAAUGAGGAUUUUAAUCGUCAUCAUUUGUCUCUCCAUUCAUCGGGUGACGUCACAAACCAAUCAAAAUAUGCAGUCUCUGAUGAACGACAUUUUCUCCAACUACUCACCGAAAGUCCGCCCAAUGGUAAACCAGCAAGAUCCACUCCCUCUGGACGUCAGUUUUUACCUCAGCAGCAUCAAUGAGGUCAACGAGGUCAGAGAGAAAUUGGUAACCACUGGAUACCUGUCUUUGACAUGGACAGACGAGCUGUUGAGAUGGACUCCCUCCGACUACAAUAACACCGAUACAAUCUUCAUUCCGCAGAAUGAUGUAUGGAAGCCAGACCUCGUACUGAAGAAUGGAUUUCAGAAAUUUGAAGAGUUGGGAGGUAGUUUUUACUAUCUUAUGGUCUUUCAUGAUGGUUUGGUAAGCUGGUGGCCAUUUGAUGUAUUUGAAAGUCGUUGCUCCAUGGACAUCACUCAUUUCCCGUUCGACACACAGACAUGUGACAUCAAGUUCAUAACAUGGAGUCAUUAUGUUCAACAGAUAGAUAUCCUGAGAUCGUCUAGUGGAAUACAAUUUUAUGAAUAUGAAGAGAACAGUGUCUGGGACCUGGUUGACACUAGUUCAGAAAUUCAAAAGGAACAGCGAGAAUCGCAAGUCAAAUUCACGUUAACACUACGCCGAAAGCCAUUGUAUUACGUGAUAAAUAUCAUUCUGCCUGUGAUAUUCUUGGGAUAUCUAAACAUUCUGGUUUUUGUUAUCCCAGUCGAUGCAGGAGAAAAGAUGUCCUUCUCUGUGACGGUAUUUUUGUCAUUCGCUGUUUUUCUGACCAUCAUUUCGACACUUCUUCCCACGAGUUCCGCGAAUACACCGAUCAUUGCUACAUACCUGAUUAUACAGUUAAUAUAUGGCGUUAUAGCCCUAAUCAUCUCAGCUUUCCAACUUCGCUUACACCACAGAAACAAGACAGAGGAAAUCCCGACGUUUUGGAUCAAGGUCGUUCAAAUACAGCGUAAACUAAGAUGUAAAAGAACACAGAUCGAUGCCUUGGAUACGAAUCUGAAUGAAAAUGAAGUACAAAAGAUCGCAAAUACCGAUGACGAUAGCCCGGAUGUGAUUUGUGGUUGGAACCAUGUUGCUUCCUCCAUAGACUUUUUCGCGUUUUGGUCUUUCCUGAUCACCAACGUUAUAAUUACAGUCACCAUGUUUUCUGUGUCAGCUGUAUCAUGAGAAAAU